AUGUACCUGACCACUGUGCUUGGAAACCUGCUCAUCAUCCUGGCCGUGUGCUCAGACUCCCAUCUCCACACCCCCAUGUACUUCUUCCUCUCCAACCUGUCCUUUGUAGACAUCUGCUUCACCUCCACCACCGUCCCAAAGAUGCUGUGGAACAUCCAGACACAGAGCAAAGUUAUAACUUAUGAAGUCUGCAUCACACAGAUGUAUUUUUUUGUACUCUUUGCAGUGUUAGACAACUUCCUCCUGACCGUGAUGGCCUACGACCGCUUUGUGGCCAUCUGUCACCCCCUGCACUACACGGUCAUCAUGAGCCCCCGGCUCUGUGCACUGCUGGUUCUGGUGUCCUGGAUCCUGAUAGUCUCCUUAUUUUAUUGUACGAGCUUAAGAGUGUAUAUGAGCUCUGCUUCUACCCACAGUUCCCAUUCAAAUGCAAAAGCCUCAGUGAUGUACACUGUGGUCACACCCAUGCUGAACCCCUUCAUCUACAGUCUGAGGAACAAAGACAUAAAGAGGGCUCUGAAAAUGUUCUUGGGGAGGGCAACUCUAAAAGGACAUGUGGUCCUAAGGCUUAAGAAGUGCCCGUGA